AAACGAUCGCCUACUGUCGCGCUGACAAGUGUGAAAAUGUCGUGUCUUAAACGUCCAAGAUUACGAGUUUUUAAGUGAAACCCAAUGACAGUCUGUGAAUGGACCGAUGGACUCCAUCAGAACUGUUUUGGUGACUGGGGGGUGUGGUUUUAUCGGCUCUCACCUUGUGCGUUACCUGGUUCAAAGCUAUCCCGAAUGGAAAAUUUAUAACUUGGAUAAUUUAGAUUACUGCUGCAGCCCAAGGUGUCUGGAGAGCAUUAAAAACAGCGCAAACUACACAUUUAUCAAGGGGGAUAUAAGUAACUCCCAGCUGGUGAACCAGAUCUUCGACACAGAAAAUGUUGACGUUAUCUUCCACUUGGCUGCCAAAACCCACGUUGAUUCAUCCUUCCAAACCCCAGCCAUUUUCCAGCAUGUUAACACCCACGGUACGCGAGUUUUGCUAUCGGCUGCCAGUCAGGCCCGCCACAAGCUUCAGCGCUUCAUCUACGUCAGCACCGAUGAAGUGUAUGGAUCAAGUGUAGAUGAGGUGUUUGAUGAGAGCAGUCCAAUGAGGCCUUCCAACCCGUAUUCUGCUUCAAAGGCAGCUGCAGAACUCCUGGUCAGGUUGUACUGGGAAAAUUAUAAGCUUCCCGUCAUCAUCACAAGGAGCAAUAACAUCUAUGGUCCCCAGCAAUACAUUGAGAAGGUCAUCCCCAAGUUUCUCACUUUGUUGCAAAUGGGCAAAAAAUGUACCAUUCAUGGAACCCUCCCCAAAUCUCGUCAUUUCCUGUUCGUCGACGACGCAGUCAAUGCCUUCCUGAUGCUUCUGGAGAAAGGGAUUGUGGGAGAAGUCUACAACAUAGGGUCAAACUGUGAGAUAACCAUAGUGCAAUUGGCCAAGGAACUUGCCAAGAUGGUACAAAACGUGCCAGAUGCCGAGCUGAACAACUGGCUUGAAGUUGUGCCGGACAGGCCGGAAGUCGACAUCCGCUACCCCAUCAAAUGUGAGAAGCUGCAGCAGUUGGGCUGGAAGGCCCAGGUCCCCUGGCCGGACGGCAUCAAACGGACUGUCCAAUGGUACCAGGACCACCCAGACUUUUGGUCGGACACACCAUAGGCCCCGAGAGAAAUUCAAAGAAACUAAUCAAUAGGUGCCUUGUUUUGGCACUCUCGCUGUCUUAUCUGUACUGUCCAUCUUAUUGGACCAAUAGGUGGUGGUGGGGGGCUCAGCCUCAGCCUCACUUGACCAAAACACUGUGAAGUAAACUUGAAAUCACAAGUGACAAGAACAGGUGGUGUGAUUUUGCCCUUACUUAACUUCCCGUUAGUAUUUGUUUCCCAACCAUCCAUUGUCUUCUGCUAGCCGGGUUUGGGUCUCAUCAGUUGUAGCAGGAAAAGUCCAGAUUUCUCUCAGCCACUUUGUCCAGUUCGCUGAGGACCCCAGAGGUAUUCACAGGUCAGCCGGGAGACGUCUCUCCCGCAUGUUCUGGGUCGCCACCGGGGCCUCGUGCCUUUGGGAUGUGCCUGGAACACCUCACCAGGGAGGUCUCCUGGAGGCAUCCUGAUCAGAUGCCCGAGCCACAUAAUCUGGCUCUUGUCAAUGUGGAGGAGCUGUGGCUCUACUCCCGAGGCUCUCCCUGGUGACUGAGCUUCUCAACUUAUCUCUAAAGAAAAAGCCCAGACACCAUGUGGAGAAAAAAAAAAAAAAACUAUUUUCGGCCGCUUGUAGCCGUGUUGUUCGUUCAGUCACGACCGACAGUUUGGGGCCCAUAGGUGAGGGCAGGAACGUAGAUCACCCGGUAAAUAGAGAGCGUCACCCUUCGGCUCAGCUCCUUCAUCGUGACAGACCAUUGCAGAGUUCCCGUCACUGGAGAUGCAGCACUAACCUGCCUGCCGGAGCUGGAAGACAUGCAAUACAGACAGGAUACUGGCCCUCCAGGACCAGAGUUGCCCACCCCUGCCCAAGACACUUUAACUCCUCCACUUGGGGCAGGAUCUUGUCAUUACUCAGUGAAAGCACUCCACAUUUUUCUGACUGAGGACCAUCAACUCAGAUUUGGAAGUGGGUGCUUCUGUCAAGGGCAUAAAGCACCUGACACUUUCGACACUCGGAUCAGUGGGACACACAAACCCCUCCACCUUCGAUAAGGUAACUGGUCAAGGAGGAGGGCAUUUAUUUGUUUGGUUUUUUUUGUACUUGUUUCCCCUAAAACAAAUGAAGUAUUUAGAGUGCUUUAUAAAGUUCUGUUUAAAGAAACA